AUGGCGUCCAAAGCUCCAAAGAAGGCCAAUCUCUUGGAUCACCACUCCAUCAAGCACAUCCUCGACGAGUCUGUCUCUGAGGUGGUAACGAGUCGUGGGUAUGUGGAAGACGUCAGAUUGAGCAAUGUGAGGCUUUUCAUUGGGGCCAUCAUCAUCGUCAUUGCUCUCUUUGCCCAGUUCUACAAGAAGAAGUUCCCUGAAAAUAGGGAUUUUCUCUUUGCCUGCAUCGCCUUAUAUCCUUACUCUACCAUUUUGUGUUUGCAAGGUUUUAGGGGUUGCGGUUUCGUUGCAAUUCAUGACAUUGCAGCUAAAUGUGGACAGAUGCAGCCGCAAUUUUGGUUGCAGAUUCCAAAAAAUGUUGAUAUUGCGGCUGAAAUUACUCUGAUCGUAUACACUAGGGAGAAAAAUGCCAUUCUGUUCACUUAUCCUCCUGUUGGAUCCUUUACCAGUACUGGUUUGGUGGUUUCCUCCAAAUUACCUAGAUUUUCUGACUUGUACACAGUCACUAUAGCAAGCGCAGAUCCAAAAUCAAUUUCUGCAAAUGAACCAGUACAUUUUACCAAAAGUGUUACUGAGUGGUUCACCAAGGACGGAAUCUUAGUUGAGGGCCUCUUCUGGAAGGAUAUUGAAGCUUUGAUAGUUAAAUAUACCAAAGAACCAAAGAAGAGCAAGUAG